UUCACCAUACAGAUUUCCAACCAUCAUGCUUUGUCCUUUGGCUCACCUACAGACUUCUCCAGUCACAUCUAUACCACUUUGUGAUCAGCUGACAGUACUUGCAAUUCUGCAGAAAGUGAGUGAUGUCACUGUAAGGUUUUGGAGGUGUAACCAGUCAAUGUUUGUGUUGGACACCUGGAGACGAGGUACUCAUUGUGCACCAACUAUUUCUGGUGUGAACCCAUUGAAUCUUAACCUUCAAGAAGAUGCAAAAAUCCAUCAUCUACUCACUACAAUUACAGUUGCUUUGCCUGCAGGAGAUAAAUUAAUUGGUGGUCCAGUAAUCAUUAAUGCUGAUCCUGCUCAAUAUCCAUUUGAUAUAAUUCCAAAUACAACAAAUAUGUGGGAUUUAGUGACAACCAACAGUCCAAAGCUGGAUUUUGAAACCACUUCACGAUACACCCUUCAAUUGCUUGUUAAAGAUGAAAAGGAUAGCUCUGCCUCUCAGACCAUCAUAAUAAAUAUUCUUGAUGUAAAUGAACCGCCUGUCUUUCUGGGACCUUUGGGUGAAAAAGGUAUAUAUGUAUUUCGAAGUAUCUAUGGUAAAUCUGUCUCAGCUAGCAACGACAGCCUGUUGAAAAAGACGUGUAUUGCAGAUGGAAGAUUACUACAGAAUGCUGCAAAUUCAGGGCAGAUAUUUGUUGUAGGAGCUUAA